AUGUCUGCUCCUAAGGUUAUUGUAAUAUCAUCUGACGAUGAGAAGUUCCCAGUCGACCCCAAGGUCGCUGAAAAGUCGCUUUUGAUGAAGAAUAUGAUCAAUGAUUUGAACCCAGACGGCUUACAAGAGGAUUUCGAAAUUCCUACGCCAAACGUUAGAGCCAACGUGUUGGCCAAGGUCUUGGAGUGGUGUGAACACCACAAGAACACUAUAUUCCCAGAUGAUGAUGAUGACGAUGCCAGAAAGUCCGCUCCUGUUGAGGAAUGGGACAAAAACUUCUUGAAGGUUGACCAGGAAAUGUUGUACGAGAUCAUGUUGGCCGCUAACUACUUGAAUAUUAGACCAUUGUUGGAUGCUGGAUGCAAAAUGGUUGCUGAGAUGAUUAAGGGUAAAUCUCCAGAAGAGUUAAGAAGAAUCUUCAACAUCGUCAACGACUUCAGUCCUGAAGAAGAAGCUGCUAUCAGAAGAGAAAACGAAUGGGCUGAAGACCGUUAA